CACAGGUGAGGUCAUCACGAGGCGCCGAGGAGGAAAGCGGGAAGCGCAGUGUCUUCUGGGCCAUAAUGGCAGUCAAGUGGACUGGUGGACAUUCUUCACCUAUUCUCUGCCUGAAUGCAAGUCAAGAAGGCCUAGUCGCUUCUGGAGCAGAGGGUGGUGAUCUUAUGGUUUGGGGUGAAGAUGGGACUCCAUUAGGACAUAAACGCUUCCAAGGGGCUGAUGAUGUUACCAGUGUCUUAUUCUCUCCCUCCUGCCCCACUAAGCUCUAUGCUUCACAUGGAGAAACCAUUAGCUUACUGGAUGUCCGGUCACUUAAAGGUUCCUUGGACCAUUUUCAUGUGAAUGAAGAAGAGAUCAAUUGUCUCUCAUUGAAUGAAACUGAAAACCUGCUGGCUUCUGCUGAUGACUCCGGAGCAAUCAAAAUCCUAGAUCUGGAAAAUAAGAAAGUUAGCAGAUCACUGAAGAGACAUUCCAAUAUCUGUUCUUCUGUAGCUUUUCGGCCUCAAAGACCUCAGAGCCUGGUGUCAUGUGGACUGGAUAUGCAGGUGAUGCUGUGGAACCUUCAGAAAGCACGGCCACUCUGGAUUACAAAUUUGCAGGAAGAUGAAACAGAAGAGAUGGAAAGCCCACAAUCACCUGGUCAGCUUUUAAACCCUGCUUUAGCCCACUCUGUGUCUGUAGCAUCAUGUGGCAAUAUUUUUAGCUGUGGUGCAGAAGAUGGUAAGGUUCGAAUCUUUAGGGUGGUGGGAGUUAAGUGUGAACAAGAACUGGGAUUUAAGGGCCACACUUUGGGAGUAUCCCAGGUCUGCUUUCUGCCAGAAUCCUAUAUGCUGCUUACUGGAGGGAAUGAUGGGAAGAUAAUGUUGUGGGAUGUAAGCAGUGAAAUUGAAAAAAAACAGAAGAGCCCUACAAAACCUACCCACAGGAAGAAAACUAAAAAAGCAGCUUAUACGAAGCAGGGUAGAAAUACUCAUGCUCUAGUAACAGAUGAAGAAGAACAUGGCAAAAUUUUACCAAAACUAAGUGUUGAACAUGGAGAAAAGGUGAACUGGCUGUUGAGUACAAAAAUAAAGGGAUACCAAAAUAUAUUAGUAGCUGAUCAAACUAGUUGUGUAUCUGUAUAUCCCUUAAAAGCAUUUUAAAUCCAAUAAAAAAUUUGAAAAACUGCAGCAGAACUUUUUA